CGUGGUCCUGGGACCGGGGGCUUCCAGGGUCGGUCCCGAGGACGCUGCAUGUCAGGGAAGGAUGGUCCAGUAAUACAUUUCUAUCUUUACUUCUUUCUGUAUAUCUCUCUGUUUAAAUUAACUUGGAGAAAUGUUGGCCUCCGCUCACUUGCUCAUCUGAAGCCUUUGUCUACGGCCCCGACUGUGGAAUUCUGGAAUCCUUGCAGCUAUGACUGUGGUGUCACCAGGCCAUCCCCCACGGAACGUUGGAAUGAAGACUUCCUGGCCUGUCUGGGCAGAAAGCGUGACCCCUCCCAGGAGGCCUGUCACACACCUUGCUGUACCUGACCUGUGGGCAGUUGAGAGGGAAAAUGUGCAGAAGAGGACCUUUACGCGAUGGAUAAAUCUACAUCUAGAGAAGUGCGACCCACGUCUGGAAGUGAAAGAUCUGUUCAUUGAUAUACAAGAUGGCAAAAUCCUAAUGGCUUUGUUAGAAGUCCUGUCUGGGCGAAAUCUGCUGCAUGAGUACAAAUCCUCGUCCCAUCGUAUUUUUCGGUUGAACAACAUAGCGAAAGCACUUAAGUUUUUGGAAGAUAGCAAUGUCAAACUGGUUAGCAUCGACGCGGCAGAAAUAGCCGAUGGAAACCCCUCUCUGGUUCUCGGGCUGAUAUGGAACAUAAUCCUCUUCUUCCAGAUUAAGGAGCUCACGGGCAACCUCAGCAGGAACUCUCCAUCUUCCAGCCUGUCACCUGGCUCGGGGGGCACAGACUCAGAUUCUUCCUUCCCGCCCACGCCCACCGCAGAGAGGAGCGCGGCGAUAUCGGUGAAAGACCAGAGGAAGGCCAUCAGGACCCUGCUGGCGUGGGUGCAGAGGAAGACCAGGAAGUAUGGCGUGGCGGUGCAGGACUUUGCGGGCAGCUGGAGAAGUGGGCUGGCCUUCCUGGCUGUGAUCAAGGCCAUCGACCCCAGCCUGGUGGACAUGAAGCAGGCCCUGGAGGACUCCAUGUGGGAAAAUCUGGAGAAGGCUUUCCGCAUCGCGCACGACGCCCUCCACAUCCCCAGGCUUCUGGAGCCCGAAGACAUCAUGGUUGACACACCGGACGAGCAGUCUAUCGUGACUUACGUGGCACAGUUUCUAGAACAUUUUCCGGAGUUGGAAGCCGAAGAUUUUGUGGAUUCAGAUAAAGAAGCCCCUAUUGAAUCCACCUUUGUCCGCAUCAAAGAAACCCCUUCUGAACAGGAGAGCACAGUCUUCCUUCUGAGUGAAAAUGGGGAGCGUGCUUACGCGGUCAACCAUGAAAUCAGCCACCCGCCACCCUCCAAAGUCUUUGUCUGUGACAAGCCUGAGAGUGUGAAGGAGUGCUACCUCGGCGGCAUCUCCAGCCGCACGCUGUCAGAUAGCUCCUCCGAGUUCAUGCACCAGAUCAUCGACCAGGUCCUCCAAGGGGUCCCAGGUAAGACCAUCAGCAUCAGUGAGCCAUCUCCAGAAUCUUCCAUCCUAUCAUCCAGAAAGGACAACCGGAGGUCCAACUCUUUGCCAAUCAAGAAAACCGUGCACUUUGAGGCUGACACCUACAAGGAUGCUUCCUGCAGUAAGGACGCCGCCUACAGUCAAGACUUUCGCUUUGAAGGGAGCCCAAGGGGGACAGAGGAGUUGUGGAAGCAGGAUGGACACGUCUUGGCGGUGGAGGUAGCCGAGGAUAAGAUGAAACAGGACGAGCCUGAGAUCCUGGAAGCUGCCUCUGAUGAGGCCCCAGGUGACAUUUCCUUGGCGCGUGGUAAGAUCAGUCAUUCUGAGACGUCUCAGAGUCCUCCCUCCUGGAAUGGGGCAUUGGAGAGGGCAGCCAGCCAGGAGGAAGGAGGUCGUCCCCUCUCACCCCUGGGAGAGAGCACUGUCAUGGCCGACUCCUUGGAGAUCAGGGUUAAGCUGCAGACUGUGGAAGCUAUGGAUGAAGGAGACUAUUUCGAAGGCAUCCCAUUAAAAGCCUCUAAGUUUAGCAGCGACCUAGUAGAUUUUGCCUCGACCAGCCAGGCUUUCAAUGAGGUUCCUUUGCUCCAUGAGAAAAAACUUGCUGAGGAUGAGGUUUUGGAGGAUCAUGGUGAGAAACUGGGCAAAAGGAGAGCAAAAUCUGCGCAGAAAGAGGAAGAUUCAGAUGAGCCCCCAGUGAAGCUUGACAUGCGAGACCCCCGCAAGGACCCUGAACGAGAAGAUGAAGACUAUUCUUUGGCCCCAGAGGAGGCACCAGUGGAGAAAAAGCCAGAAGUCUAUGAGAAGGCGAAGAGGAAGUCCCCACGUCGCAGGCAGGGCGAGGACGAAGGGGAGGCCGAGGGCCUCCGGGCGCUUGGCGGAGAGCUGCUUUCCAACCCGCCGAGCCGCACCGUCAGCUUGGAGACCCUCCAGAGUCACAGCGAAGAAGGCCUGGACUUCAGACCCUCCCCACCCCUCUCCAAGAUCUCCGUCAUCCCCCACGAUCUCUUCUACUACCCGCACUACGAGGUGCCCCUGGCCGCCGUUCUGGAGGCUUACACAGAAGGCGCGGAGGAUUUGAAGAACGAAGAGAUGGACCUCGAAGAACCAGAGGAGUAUCUGUGUGACCUGGGGUCCAGGGAGGAGGCUGAGGCCUCUCAGAGCAGCUGCAGCUUCUCCGGGCUGGGCGAGGACCCCUCCGAGGCUGGCUUCCAGGCGCCAUCUCUGGACAGGGGUGCAGACCAUGCCAGACCGGCCUCGGAACCCGCUUCCACAUCCCCCCAAGAGGACCACCAGCAAAGGGAGGCUGAGGAGAGCGCCCCUGUGGAGAGCCAUCAGUCUCAGGAAUCCCCAAACUUGGAAAACCUAGCAAACCCUUUAGAAGCAAAGGUAACAGAAGAAUCAGUCAGCAGUAAAAAAAAGGAAAAAAGGAAACAUGUGGACCACGUAGAAAGUUCGAUAUUUAUAGCACCUGGAACAGUUCGCUCUUCAGAUGACCUAGAAGAAGACACUGGCAACCACAAAGUCCCUUCCAGGACUAGUCACAGUGACUCCAGCAUUUACAUUCGACUACAUGCUAAUAGGUCUUUGGAGUCGGAUCAUUUUAGCUAUGUUCAAUUGAGGAACGCAGCCGAUCUGGAUGACAGGAGAAACCGAAUGUUAACCAGGUACAAUACUGAGAAGCUCACUGAGCUGAUUUUACAGUUUUAUGGCAUCAGAGCAGACAUGAAGAGGGAAUACAAACAUACCAGGAUGUCUAUGAAAGCCAACAAUUCUGGAGAAGCCACAUCGCGGGAGAGCCACAGCCCCCAGAGCGACUCGCUCACCCAGUUGGUCCAGCAGCCGGAUAUGAUGUAUUUUAUCCUCUUCCUCUGGCUCCUGGUUUACUGCCUGCUGCUCUUCCCACAGCUGGACGUCAACAGACUCUGAUCGUGUGUCUGCAUAAUUAAAAAGACAGGACCCUGACCGGGGUGGGAAUUCUUUUUACUUUGUUUUGUUUUGAGUUCUGGCUGGGGUACUUCUGCACACAGUGGAGGACCUCCAAGGAAACUUAGAAUCCCUCUCCUCGCUUUUUUUUUUUCAUGUUUCUAUGGUCUCCUGUGAGUCCAAAGCAUGCUUUUCUCUGGCCCUGUACUCAAAACUCAGGUGUGUGGCUGGAUCCGUGGGUGGAGCUGGUUGUUGCCUGUGUUGCUUUGUCAGAUACUAAGCAUCAUUAACUGGUAUUUAGCCAUAAAUGGGUUGUAGCUUGUCCCACACGCAGGUUUUAAAGGUCCUGGGUGGACUUGAGGUACUUAGCUCUCAGAUGAGGGGCCUUCUGAUGAGCAGAGGGUGGAUGUCCCAGGCAGAGCCUCCACUGGGAAGAAAACCGCGAGUGUUGCUCGAGCGAGCGGGGCUGUGUGAGGGAAGAUGCUGGGUAUCCAUGCUCCUGUUGUGGUCUGGCGAUUGGCUGCCUUCGUUGAGGGAUAACUGAGCAGCGCCAAGCUGCUGGCUCCAGGAAUGGCAGAUCCAAGGAGGAAAGAGGAGGAAAGUAAGGCUGUGUCGUGAGCCUCAGUGGACUCGAUUUUCACCCUAGUUUUUCUUGGGGGUGGGAGGGAGGGUGGGGAUGCAUUUUAAAUUCACUUUUGCAUUGAUGGAAUUGAGGAAAAGCUGUGAUUUUCAGAUUUUUCCCACCAGCGGAGCCCUCCUUGCAGAUGAAUUCUUGGCUGGAGCCGGUCUGGAUGGUGCACUAAAAGCAGAGCUCUGGCUGACACAGGACGGGGCCUGGGGUCCUUCCCGCUUUGCCCGGGCAGCCCCUGGCUUCCAUCCACGGCUCCUGAGGCGUCUGUGCCGAUCCCCCACAGUCCCACAGGGCACUGCAAAAAGCCCUAAGGAGGGGUGCCGAAGUGGCUGGGCCAGGAAUCAGCUCUGGCUGACAUUGGAGCUGGAAGUGGUCCAGCAGGUUCCUGCCCGGAGAAAGCCUUGUGCACCGCUGCCUCCGGAUGCAGCCUCAGCACAAGCAUCCUUUGUGGUCCAUCGUAAUGGGUUUCUUGAAAAGGCUUUCUGGAAAGCACCCUGAGAAGUAGACCAGAACAGGCAGUUUGUGAGGGGGGAGGCUUCCGCCUGCCCUUGCAUCCUCCUUCCAUCCUGGCCUCCCUCGGCUCCGUUUCCUGCCAAAAUCCAGGUCGCGGUGCCUCUGUAUCGCUUCCUCGUCCCAUUGUCCUCCCCCUCAAUAAGCGCGUAUUAGGCGAUCCUUAUAAAAUCACAAACUGUUCGAUCAGGAGGGGCCCUCAGACAGCAUCUUGUCUGCUGAACCCAGAGAGGCAGAGUGGGUUGACCAAGAUCACACAGCCAAAUAGGAACAGACUUGCAAGUGCACCCAGGCCACCUGAUGGCCAGUCCAGAGCUGUCACCCCUUUUAGGAAACUUCCAUGGGGACCCUGAAUGUCCUGAAAAAAAGAUUAAAUGGAUAGAUAAAAAAUGUCCUCACUGAAACACAACCAAAAUGUUUAGGCCAACCAUCAACCUUGGAUUUGUCCUUGUGUUUUUCCCAUAGGGAAGUUGCAUUCACUUUCAGGUGCGUCCCCUGUUACUUCUGGAGGACCCCGACAGCUCUAACAGCUGGUCUGAGGACAUACUAGCAUUGUCCUUACUCCGGGAAUCACGUUGCUCUCUUAGCAAGCCAAGGACUUGCUUUUUGCAAGCAGUGGGUUUCAAGUUUACAGAAUUCCAGCAUGGCCCAAAGAGUUUACAUAGGACAUUUGACUCAAUGACCGUCAAAAUCUGGCCUCUAAGCCACUCUGAUUAUAGCCUGUCCUCUCCCCACGAGUGAAUCGGAGCCUUCCAAGCUGAAAGCUGUUGGGAGCUUGGAGUGAUUCCAUCUUGAAGGCCAAGUGUCCCAUGGAAAAGGAGCUAGUUAACGAGCUCUUGGCAUCACAGAAAGCUCACAGGUACCGAUAAUAAAGAUUGUGUGCGCUAUUUUAUAACCGUGGACAUCACGCAGUCCUCGCCUAAAUAAGCUGCUUAAAGAGCCAGGGAAGAGCUCACUCAGAUGUUAAUCGUUUCAUUUUAUGGGUCUAGACCUCGUUCAGAAAUAUCUCUGCGGGUCGCUCCCCUCACCCAUUGCAACAUGUCAUAUUGUUUAAAACCAUCUACUGGCAAGAGGCCUCAGAGUCAUUUGGUUCAGGUGGGCAGUAGACUGAUUUUUUUUUUUAAAGCAAAAGAAGAAUUCUCAUUUGCGUAUAGGCUUCUAUAAAAGAAAAAGCUGGAUAUAGAAGGUGGAUAGAGAAGCCUGCAGGACACACCACCCCAUGGCUUAUAAUUUUUUUUAAACAGUUUAUUUUUAAUUCUUAUCCAGGUAAUACAUGUUCAUAGUUUAAAAAGAAACAAAUACUGUAAGGCUUUGAACAAAAACUCUCAGCCCCCUAAGUCUUGCUGCCUAGAAAUAACACUUUCUACUCUUUGAGCUAUUUCUUUUAAUAUUGACCUUUGCGUUUCUGCAUAACAUAUAUUUCUUUCGUUUUUUUUGAAUUAAUUUAGAAACAUCUGGUGGACUAGCUGUUAUAGGGGUGAGGAGUUUGCUCUUCCCUGUACCCCACCUUGUUUUUCCCACAAGGUUAGGUCCCGUUAUUUGGUGCAUAUCUAUUUAUGGUGGGUGUAUGAGGACCGUUUACUCCUGAGCCAGGUGGUGUACUGUAGUUACAUGUCCUUUUUUUUUUUUUUUUUUUUUUUUUUUUGCUGUGGCCUAUUUUUUAGUAACUUCCUAAGAAAAGGAACAUGAGAAGUAAAUAUUGUAAAUAUUUUGAGAUUUUGCAUAACUUAAAAUGUCUUUAUUCCAUCCUUAAAAUGUUUUUCUCCUGCCCUUACCCAUGUGGCUGGAUACAGAACCACAGGUGGAAAAUAAUACCCCCACCACCACCUCCGCCGUGGUGGUUGAGGUUUCUGAUGCUGUUCUGGUUCCCAGGACUUUAGAUGUGACUUGGGUUCCCCCCCCCUCCCCAGGAAACCUUUGUGAUCCCUUUAUUCUUAGUGUUCUGAACUGUCCUGAUGGUGUUGCACCUCUGAUGUCAUACGUCAUGCUGAGUUCUCAUAGGAAAUUUCUCAAAUUUGAGGGUCAUUAUUCCUUCUUUCUUUCUGGACCGCCUGUUGUUCAGUGUUGGACCUCCCAGGCUAGUCCUCUGAUAUUUUUGAUCCUUUCUAUUUCUCGUCUCUUUAUUUUUUUGAUCUGCUUUCAGGGAGAGUUAUGAGCUUUGUUUUCUCAAUAUACAUGCCGAAUGUUCUAUUUAAUUUUUAAUUUCCGGACAUUUUGUCGCUGUUCUCUCACUUCUGUUUUAUCGUAUCCUGUUCUUGUUUCACGGAUGUGGAUCUGAUCUCUCUGUGGACGGUCAUGAUAGUGGGGUUUGGGGAGUUCUUUUCUGAUCCCUGUGCUGCCUUUGUUUUCUCCAAGUUCCCUUCUCUUGGGUAGUCGCAGUCUCGGUCUUUCAUGUGACAAGGUUUCUUCAAAUCUCCAGGGAUCCUAUGGAUCAUGUUUAAGAGUGAUGCAUCAAAAACCGGAUUGGGAGCUCUGUGUGUCAAUGGUGGGCUUUUCCAUGGGGUCACCAGGGGUCACCUGGACUCUUCAUGAGGGGACCCCACAUAGGGAUAUUUGCAGGUCUUUUCUCUGGGGCUCAUUGCUUCUUUAGAGCUAUUUCCACUUCUCUCCUGCCUGGGAAAGAGGGACACUCACAGGGCUGCUACUAGCCUCUGCAGUGCCCUCGUGCAAUUUCACAAGCGGCAUCCCCUCUGGGUGGAUGACUCAGAAAAAAGUGCCCCGUCUGGGCAGGAGCCACCCAUGGGUACUUGGCUUGAUUAGCAGAGGGUACCUUUUGACCAUUCCUCUAGAAGAUGCAGCCCUGAGCUAGGUAGGACAAGGCUUGAGGAGCUGAGCAAGGGCUAGAUUUUAACUCCCAGUUUCCCCCUUAGCCAAGCACCUUUGUGCAGUGCACAGACUGUAGGGCCAUACCCAGACGUCCCAGUGCACACCUGAGUGCCCGUCCUGACCUCUGAGCAGGCAGUCUCAUCACAGUGAGUAUUUAGACUCAUUGACUUUCUCCCACUUCACUGUGCCUGGUGUCCCCGUGGAGUGGGACAUUGCCCUGACUGCUCGGUGGCAAGCCUCUGCAGGUGCCUGGGUGGGAUUAGGAUUCCUCUGCCCUGCCCACUUCUCCAACAGCUCUGCCCCUGCCGUAAGUGGGUUGCAUCUCUUACCUACUGUCGCCUCCUCUCCUUCCCUUUGUCUUCAUGGUUGCAUCACUUCCGUUCCUUUGCUCGUUAUUUUCAUGGGGUUUCACGAGGGAGGCAAUGAGCCCACGUGUUCAGUACACCAUCUUGAACUGCAGGUCCCAUUGGAGCAUCCUCACCACUUUGCUGGGGGGCUCGCUGCUCUGUUGACUUGUUUGUGAACCCACCCUGAGUCCAGCUGGGGCUGUGGCAACAUCCGUCCUGUUGAGCUGUGGCCUGCUGAGUGCCUCCCUAUGAUGCUCUGCCAGGUGCAGGAGAGGGUUACCAGCCUGCGGACACUCUGCUUGAAUGCCGCAGUUCGAAUGUUCCUUCCCCAUCCUUUCCCCGCCCUCCCCCGCUACCCCCAGGAGACUGUCUUAGAUCUCCCGCCUCCCGCAAGCUCCAGGCUAUGGAGUCAUCCAGUUUCUAGAUUUCCUUUGCCACCCUCACUUUGUUUAGCAGCAAGGAGUUCCCGCUGGUAUUGCCAGAGAACAAACAGGGUGCGUCCUUGUUACUUGGCUCUUUGGAACCUGGUGAGCAUUUCCUCCUGGCCGAACUCAGCGUCUGUGGGAGUUGGGCUCCCAGCAGGCCUGGGAACCAGGGAGUACACCCUCGCUGCCCAAGACGGCCACCGGGGCACAUGCUGCUUCUCCCUUCCUGGAGUUCAGCCUAGGCCCCCCAACCUUCUUCCCCAUGCAGUACUUGCCUCCUCCUUUUAAGGGAAGAACAUUUUAAAAAGCAAAAGAGGAUGCCUGUGUGGUCCCUCUUCAUGAGUCAUAGAUUAUUCGAUAGCCUUAGGGACCACGUAAGGGUCCAGCACCUCAUUUAAGAAAUAUGAAAACUGAAGAUCAGGAAGGAGAAAUGACUAGUCACACAGCCAGUUCAUGCCCUCGGGAGGGACAUCUUGAUUCCCAAUUUAGUUUUCCAGCCGCUGAAGCUAAGAUGCAUCUCUCUCCUCGCCCAGGACUCAGAACAUCAGAGAGCUAAUCUCGCAAACCCAGUGAGAGUGAGCAAGUAGAGAAGGGGUCUUGCUGAAUGUCAGAGUUCACCAUGGCAGUCUUCGGUGAGAAGUGUUCCCUCCAUGGUUGUGUCAUCGCAGUCCUAGGACACGAACUCUUUCACGUGAACUCGGUUUUUCUCGAAUCUCCAGAAGGACUCAGAAGCCCCACUGGAGUCCUGAGACGUGGCGUCUCUCUCCUUUCUGCUUGGAGACCUUCCUUCCUCAGGGGUCUCUGCCGAAUUACCCUGCUGUGCUCAGCUUCAUGUCCUGAAGUCCCUGAAGUGGGCUGUGUUGGAGCUUCAAGCCCAUGUGGCUUUUCAGAACCUUCUCAAUGAUGCUCUUGCCAGGAAACGAGAGCACAUAAAGCUCUUCAGGUCCAGAUGUGUUAUUUCUCUUUCCUGACAUUGCAUAAUCUCUGCUGAAGCCGCCUUUGGGAAAGAUGUAAGGUCUUGGGCCUGCAGCUGCCGUCUAGGGCCCCCCAGGAUAGCAGGCUAGUCCUCGGGCCCAUCCAGCUGGUGAGCAGGCUGCCCUCAUGACAAGGUCCAGGACCUGGGGUGGGUGGGUGAAGGCUGAGGGCCAGCGUGAGUGAUGUCACACCCCCUUGCUGAAACUUGCUGUGGAGUUUGCCUUAGUUCGUCAGCCAGUGUCAGGGAGCCAGAAAUGAGACGCAGCUCCUUUGCAGGACGUGGAGCUCCACAGAUCUUUCUGACUCUGCCUCUCAUCAGGCAUUUCCUUAAAGAACAACAGCCAGCAGCUCGGGGAGGUGAGGCUGGUGCCUGAGAGGCAUGGGCCUCGCGUGGCUUAAGCCCUGAACCUUCCAUUUCCAUCGUGUGCAGACCCGUUGUCGUCAGGCUGCACGUGAGCACACGGCCCUCCUCGCUGUGAUUCUUAAGAGUGCCACAGCGACCUUCAGGCCUUGUCAUUUCUCCACGUGGUGCCCGGGACCGGGCUUGGGGUGCACCUCCUGGAGGAAUGGGGCGAAGGCCUGGAUACUCGCAGCUUCUGCUGCUCCAGGAGUCGGCAGAGGUCGUCCAAGCUCCAGAGCUCCUCUGACUGUUCCAGGACUGCCCGACCCCGCCAUGCCGGGAGGAAUCACUUAUUCGUGUUUAUAAUUUUCUCUGAGAACCUUGGUGAAACCACUCCAGGCAAACAGUUCUUCCCAGCCCAGGCUAUAGCAUCAAUAAGCCAGAAAACAUUCUCAUUUAUGGAAAGAAGACAACCAGUGUUUUGUGCUGUUUGACCAUGUUCUUUUGAAAUGCACACACAACUCAACAACCUGUGCCCUGAUUGCACUGCUAACUUUUUAAAAUCCCUGACACUCGAGUCUAGCUUUCGUCUAGCAGGGGUCUCUUAAACUGAACCCAUUUUUUUUUUUUUUAGUCACUGCCUUCCUCUUCUCCAGGAGGAAUUAUGGGACAGGGGAAGAGGACAGUUUGGGGAUUCAGCCAGAUCUAGGUUCAAGUUCCUGCUCUGUCACCAGAUAUCUGGAUGUUCUUGGGCAAAUGAACCUCUCUGAGCAUCUUCUGUGCAGAGAAGACUCAAGACAUGUUUGUUGAAUGGAUGACGUAUGAUGCUCAGGAGCUCCUCGUUCUGCAUUUCCCUCCCCUCUAAGCUUUGAAUGUACCUCCUUUCCUAACAUUCAAUUUGCCUUAGCUUCUUCCAGCUUCUGUCCAGUCUGUCCGGUCCACCUUCGUCUUUCCAGCCCCUCUGUCUCAAAUCUAACUCACGCCUUUUACAAGGGGAAGUUGAAGCCAUUGUAUCCUCAUUACUAAUUGGCGGCUUACAACACUCCUGGGAGGUGGUUAUUUCAGAGAGGAAAGUAAAGUGCAGGAAGGAAUAAGAACAAGGUCCUAGAGCAUGUUAAGUGGCAGAACCCGGAACAUAGGAAAUUCUGAUUCUUGGUGACUUUGGCCUAGUUGGCAAGUGUGGGUGGAAAUUCUCCGAGUUGGGAAGGUGGCGAGCUGUAUUAGUCGUGUUGCAGGCCCCCAUCUCGUAUCCCACGUCCCCGUCGCAAGUUUCUGCACCUUGACUCCCAACCUCGUGUCAAAACUUCUUAAAUAUACUCUUCACAUUCACAUAAAAAUGACUGAGGACACUCAAAUUCAUGUUUUAGCCUACAGUUGCAAAUUUGCAACCAAAAUGACUGCUCUAAUGGGCCUUUAGCAGUAAAAUCUCAGUGUCUAAUGUCAAAGAUUUCAGUGACUUCAAUUAACUGUACAUCCUGCCUGCAGCUAACCAUCUCUCUACCUCCAGCACGUGCUUUUCAGCCCAGGAAAUUAGGCUUUCUCCUUCAAAAAGCAAAUUUAUUUCAUUGCGCUGGUCAGAGCACAAUUCAAAUGGGGAUGGAGGGUGUAAGUGUGGCUUACUGGGAUGAAGUCGUAAUGGAUUGGCUGUUAGACAGGGAUCAUCAUUUUUCCUUUGUUUUAAAUGUAGAAGUCAUGAUUUUUGCAUUGUUGCAAAGACAAAUAGAAAAAUAUCUUUUGAUAGGUUUGUUCCAUCUGCAACAGCUAUCACUUCUUUUAGCCCCAUCAAAGGUCAGUAAGAGCAUAUUCUCCACAAGAUUAGGCUGUGAGAAAGGACAGCCAUGCAAUGCCUGUGUUCCCAAAUGUCAUGCGAAGAUUGAAACGCUUUUUUAAAGGAAACUCUGAGAGUGUCUGUAACCUAGAGAGUUGACAUUGUUCCCAAGUAGGACAGCACUGGCCUCGGCGUCAGAAACCCGCAUCCUAGUUCUGGCUCAUCUGCUGUGACACCUUGAAUAAUUCAUUUACCUGUCUGGCUCGGGCAUUGGAAGACUUCUUUUUAAAAGUUCUUCCUGGGUUUAAAAAUCCAAAGGUUAGCAAGUUAGAUUUUUUUUUUUUUGAAUCUCAGUAAGUGGCCUAUUUGCUUAAAAUAAAUGCAUCUCUGUGCUUGUGAGUGAAUUCCAAAGCUCAGAGCAUUGCUUCCCAGCUUUAGUAUCUAAGAAAGGUGCCUUCGGAAAGAGUUGGUAAGACAAAGGUGGUCUGUUAGAGGUGUGGGACUGAAUGUUUGGGAUAGAAUGUGGGGGAUCUGCUUCCUAGGGCCCCCAGAACUAAACUGGGCUCUUUAAAUUAAGUUAGCGCGUCUGACGCAGUUUCCCAGGGGAAUUUCUUUCAAAUUCAGAAGUUCAGCUGCGGGAAUAAAUAGCUGUAAAGGUCUGGAUAUUUCUACUCCUCUCAUCUUUUCCCCCUUCCUCUAGCAGACUCAAAAUAACUAAGCACAGAAAGUCCACUCGGAAUCAGAGGCCGUUUGUAUCCCAGCACUGGAUCCCUUAAGCCAAAGGCUGGCACGCUUGUGUAGGAUGGAAUGCCCCUGGGUGGGCGUAGUACCUGGGGGGAGGGGUGGGAUGAGGAAGCGACCACCGGUGGGCCGUUUGCCCUUGAAACUGCACCUUAAGGUAGCUGCCUGCAUCCCUUGCAUUGGUGCUGGUCACAUCAGCCAAAGACAAAUAGUAGAAAUAGAAAAAUGGUCAUUCCUACGGUACGUCGUCGGUACAGAUUCCUAAACCUGGAAACGGGUUUGUUGAGAGCAUAUUGGAUGGUGAUAGGUGUUUAUUUUUUCAAGGUCUGUAAUAUGUUUAACAGAUUUAAUGCCACGAUUUCUUGUAAUGUCAUGGCAGGACUUCGUGGACAAUGUCUGAACAUUUUUACUGAGAGCUCUAAGAGGACUAUUGAAAAAAAGUGAAACGUUAUUUUGUGGUACAAGGACUAUUUUGUCUACUUAGUAUAUACAUAGCUGUAGCUUUGUAAAAGGGAUCUUUGUAAAAAAAAAAAAACUGUGUGAAUGUGCACUCUUAUUUAUUGAUUAUUGUAAAUGAAGAUGUGACUAUUUGCAUAAUUUAUACCUGUGGGAAAUUAACUGGAGUAUUUGUUAUUUGACUGUUUUCUAUUAAGGAAUAUUGGGCUUGGUGCUACGACGAAUGAUCUUGUAAAAUUACAUGUAUUCUUAAGAAAUUUUUGAGGAUAAAUUUCAUGAGCUGA